CAACACUGAAUAGCACAACUUAGAGCAGAGCAGACUGAAACAUAUAUACACUCAAUGGCUACUAGGCACCCAAUGCUCUCCUCUGUUUCUAACUUGCCACAUUUCUUCCUCUUCUACACAUCUUGCUUGCUAGUUUUAAGUAGCCUUAGCAAUCACUUGUGCCAUGGGUUCAGACCCAGGCAUUUUAACUUGUCCACCGCGGCGACUCAUUGGUCGAAUGCUGGUGCGACGUGGUAUGGCGCCCCUGAUGGUUUUGGAAGCGAUGGAGGAUCAUGCGGAUAUGGUGAAUCUGUGUCACAAGCACCUUUCUCUUCUAUGGUUACUGGAAUUGGUCCAUCGCUUUACAAUUCUGGCAAAGAAUGUGGAGCUUGUUAUCAGGUGAAAUGUACGAAACAUCCUUCUUGUUCAGGCAAGCCUGCAAGAGUUGUGAUUACUGAUUUUUGCCCGGGAGGUGUUUGCGCGUCCGAUAGGGCUCAUUUCGAUUUAAGUGGAACAGCAUUUGGCGCCAUGGCCGUUCCCGGCCAAGAGAAACUCCUCCGGGAUGCUGGAAAUUUAGAAAUCAGAUUUGCUCGUGUUGCAUGCGAUUAUGCUGGGAAAACCUUGGCAUUCCACGUUGACCAGGGAUCGAACUCUAAUUACAUUGCAUUUGUGAUUGAGUUUGAAGAAGGAGAUGGUGAUCUUGCUGGAGUUGGCCUGAUGGAAACAGGGUCAUUAAAAACAACUAGUAACAAUGAGCAGGUGAUCACAGCUGAGUGGAGAAAAAUGCAACAAUCAUGGGGUGCUGUUUGGAAGCUCGAUGCCGGUGGAGAAUUACAGCCUCCACUGUCGAUUCGGUUAACUUCUCAGUAUUCGGAACAAACUCUGGUUGCCAAAAAUGUGAUUCCCGUGGGGUGGAAACCUGGUGCAACUUAUCGUUCCCUCGUUAAUUUCCUAUGAGCCCCGGGCUAACCUGGUGCAACUUAUCGUUCCUUGGUUAAUUUCCUACGAGCCCCGGGCCAACUCGGUGCAAAAUAUCGUUCCUUGGUGCAAAAUAUCGAGUGAGCAACUAUAUUUUAUAUAUUUGGUCUGGUUUGGUAGUAGUUUUUUAUGUAUAAGUUUGUGAGUGUGGUGAGGAUACUAGUUUGGCAUAUAACGUCCCAGAAAAGGAAUUGUAUUAUGUUUGCACUAAGCAAAUGAGUGAUCAUUCUUUUUAGAAUGGAGACGAGUGGAGUCUGCAGAGGAGAGGUAGAAAUAUUGAAAUAGUGUGAUAUUUGUAUGUGUUUUGCCAUGUGACAGAAUAUGUCACUGAAUAAGUGAGUGUGAUUAAUACAGUAGUUAAUUGUUUGUCGUCUACAAAUUUCAAGGGGAUAAUGGAAAUUGAUGUGUGAAAAUGAGUAUCUUUUAAUCUUUA